AUGAAGACUUGCUCUGAAUUUAAAGAAUUUAAAGACGAACUUGAAAAAAUUCAGAGUAAGCAUGAUGACGAAUAUAAAAAGCUCGAGGAUAAACACGAUAAUGAACUUAAAGAACUCAAACAAAAACAUGUUAAUGAACAUGAAAAACUUAGAAGUAAACAACAUCAAGAAAUUAAAAAACUUGCCAAUAAUCGCAUGCGUCAUCAAAAUAGACAAUCAUCCAGAAGACAAGGUACAAAAAGAUCAGUAUCUCGUUUAAGCACAUAUCCUACUCCUUCCUAUUCCUCAAGGAAACAACAGGGUAUAAAUCUAUCUCCAACUACUAACCAACCUAGUCAGCACUUAUCUUAUAAUACUUGCUCAAGCAUUCCUUCCGGCCCUUCAAGAAAACCAACUACUGAACCACCGAGUCAGCAUUUAUCUUGCAAUAGUUCUGAAGCUAAUCCCAACCUAGAAGAAUGGCUCAACAAUGGUUUUUAUGAUUGUAUACUCAGCACACGUGAUCCUCCAGUCUUUAACGAAAUGAGAUAUCCAGACAAUUCUUAUUUUAUUCCUUCUUACACAAAUGAUUAUGAUAACUCCACACUAAUCUCUAGAGAUGACCAAAAAAAUAGUACAAGAAGUCAGUAUAGUAAUAUCGAUAUGACCAACGCAAAUGAUGGAUCCUAUUUAGAUCGCAUGGGUGGCUAA